CUGUGCCAGCCGCGCGCGCAUGUGCUCCUCGCCGUCAUUAACGCACAGGGUAUCGACUCGAUCGCGCGCCCCGAACGGUUGGCUAACGCACAUCCCUUCUUCCUUAACCUGCACACAUAUUCACACACAGUACAUUAACUACACUCUCCGUAACUCUGCGAUCCCAUCUAACCUUCCGUGUCCCUUUUGAUCGGAAUCUCUGUUAUACAGCCGACAGAUAAUAAAGGCCUUGCCUUAACCUUUUACACAGAUAUCCGUCCUGGAGGAAAUACGAGAACGCACGACGACAACCCCCUUUUACAGUGUGUCUUCUGAUUAUGUCAUACGACGUCAACGCUGCGGCUUCGCGGGGAACGGUGUGAACGGUGGCUGUAUUGUCUAAUUGGCGUUUAAUGAUUACACUGGCCAUUGCGGCAGCGUUUAAUUCGCCGCGCGAUGGUACUGUAUAAUGCAUAUGUAUGUGAAAUUAUGAAUGUAUGCCCCGGUGCGUGUGUCGUGUAGAUACAUGAAACAUUUUGUGCUGUGAUCGGCGGUUUCGGAAUUUAUAUUUUAUACAACUGUGUACUCCUUCGGCGUAUUCGCACAUUCUAAACGGCUGGCACGUUGCAACUACAUGACAGGUCCAUCUUAGCUGGAUGAUGGAUAUCUGAUCCGCGAUUGAUUGCCGACACAUAAGGAUUAGGAAAAAAGCCAUGUCCUCUACAUUUACAUCGAUAAAACGCUCGUGGAACUGUAUUAGUACGUCCGACUCCACAUCUUCCUUAGACAAAGUCUGCGGCGCCAACAAUACGGAGACAACGAAAUGCACAGACGUCGCCGUCAUCGAUCUCCCGUCUUCCGCCCGCUCCCCGGUGCCCGCCCUGCGGCAUGCCGCCAACCAUCUCCUUCUGCCGGCCGCGAAGCUCUGCAUCCAGUCGCCGGCGGACGCUAACACCACCCGCUCGACGGACAGCGGUCUGGAUGCCGACUGUGAUCAGUCGGAAACGGCGCUGUCAAGUCCGUCGGCCACCUCGCGGUCCUCGCAGGAGAUCGACGAGGAGAGCCAGCCCAGUGCCCGGCUGCUGAGCGGCGGGGACGGCGGCGAGAGUGAUACGGAGGUGACGGCUUCGCCGCGUUGCACUUCGCUCCGACGGCAGUUGUUGCGCAAAGGCUGGAGUAGUGAUUCGGGGAUUGUUCCGUUGACGUCGCCGGCCCCGCCCACCCCGCCCACUGUCCAUCGGGGCUCGGGGGCCAAGUACAAGCUGGUGCAUGAGGGCGAGAUUAGUGUGUGCCGGUUGAACCAUGCGCGCACGCUUAUCAGCAAGAUUCUGUCAUCCAAGUAUUUGCGGAGAUGGGAGACGCAUCGGCUGAUACUGGCGGAAGAUCAGAUUUAUUCCAAACAGCCCAACGGUUUCAUGGAACAAGCUGUACCCUAUGCUCAAAUAGAAGAAAUCCAUGCCGUUUCCCGCUGGGAUGCCGGAGAGAAAUACUGCAUAAGGAUUGUGAUCCCCGAUGGCUCCGUGUUGUUACAAGUAGCCAACAGUUACAUCCGCGAUCAAUGGUGUAACUCUCUGCAGUGGAAGCGGGCCUUCUUCAAAUACCGCAAAAUCCUCCUGAACAGUAGUCGGGCGGAAGUGGUAUUGAAGGAGAUCCGCAGUAUGAUCGAUCUCGUCAGCACAACGCCCCUUCAAGAUGAAGCCAUCUAUCAGACGCCAUUGGAUAUUAUUUCCGAGUUCCUCCAGAAGCAGAUGACGACAAAUCAGCUGGAUGUACAAUUGAGUCAGGAGAUUAUUGUGGCCUUGUCACCUCUGUUGGAGAACAGCCAUCCCACCGCUGACGUAUCCGAGUUCUACAGUCGGUUCUGUAAAGAAUGUCCCCGCUCAAGUAUUAUUAUGGAUCAGAUGACACCGGUCGUUCGGAGAAUUCUCAAGCACAACAUGGAUUUCGGGAAUAAUCCGAAAAUGCGCGUCUUUAUUCAAGAUUACUUUCUGGCACUCAACUGUCACAACGAGGGGCUGAAGGCUGUAAAGGAUUUUAUUCGGAAUAUGCACGGGCUGUCGAGUACGUGUCCCCAUCCGCGGGUUCUGCCUAAUCUUGUAUCCGUCAGCGUGGCUGCCGUCCAUUAUCUGUUUGAGGACCAAAACUGCACAUACGACGAUAAGAAUGAAGUAUUACGUUCCGGUAUGGAAUUCCAAUCACGUAUUGCCUGCUUUAUUGCCGUCUUCCUGGAGAUCAGUUCCUUUGAAGAUUGGCGGGUGUCACUGGCGCAGUUGUUACAACCGAUUCCCUUUCCCGGAGAAGCGAUAAGUAGCGACCGUUUCACGGAAGAAUUUGCCGGUGUGAUACGGAAUAUCGGGACGGAUGCGCGAUGCGAAGUGCACUCGUGUGUGUUGGGCGUGCGGGAACAUAAGGAUGGCUGGUUCCAUCUGUAUGCGCCCGGCGGACCGGCCAGUAAUAUUGGAGAGAGCGAAGGACUUCUGUUUACCGAAGUCUUGCGGCGAUUGAUGGGUUGUUGUUGUCGACGGAAGAACUUCCUGAGUAGCCAAUUAGACCGCAUCCGGGCGCCCUGCCUGCUGAUGGCCCUGCGUGAGAAUGACGCCUGUCAGGAUACACUUUGUGCCAUCCUGGAGCUGGAUGUGGAGAAGGAUCGGGAUUAUCAGCUGCAGAUUAUCAGCACACUGCAGAGUACACCGUCGGGCAAACAUAAAUACGCCGCCCUGUGUGAACGACAGAUUGCGCUUAGGGAAUUACAACAAAAAGGUGGACCAAGGAAAUUAACGCUGCCUUCCAAAUCGACAGAUGCUGAUCUCGCAAAAUUGCUAAGUAGUGGUUCAUUUGGGAAUUUGGAAUGUCUCAGUUUGGCCUUUACCAAAGUGACCAGUGCGUGUGCGGAUUACCUUGUUAAGCUUCCUAGUUUGAAGUACCUGAAUCUUUGGUCCACACAGUUUGGCGAUCCGGGCUUAAUGCUGUUAACCGAACACCUGCACAAACUACAAGUCCUCAAUUUGUGCGAAACUCCCGUAACCGACAAAGGCCUGCAGUCGCUGGCACUGCUGAAAAAUCUAAAAAAAUUGAAUCUGAACAGUACCCAGUUAUCGGCCCGAACGUUUGCCAGUUUGAAGGAAAGUUUGCCGACGCUGGUCGAGUGCGAUGUUCGUUACACGGAUGCGUGGUGACCGUGGUGUGGACGCACCAUGACACGCCUUGUGUUGAACUGUUUGACCUCUCUGUGUUUUUCUAACUAUUGUGGACGCUAGUCAGGACGGUUGUAUUGUGUCUUUUCUACACUGCUGCACAGGAUAUUUUCUGUUCCUUUCGGUAUAUCUUUCUUUGUAUACCAUGUAGUUUUCCCAGCUUGUGGUGUUCCUCUCUAGUUACAAGGAGAUGUAUGUUUCCGUGAUUUUGGCAAGCGUGUGCUUGCGGUUUCUGGUAGUGUACAAAUUGUGGCUUCGACUGGAUCGAACCGGGACUGCAAAAUAAAAUAAAAUUG